CCCCCACAAGCGAGCGUCCCUGCCAAGACCCCCGGCAGGCGCCGCUGGCCUCAUGGCUGCCGCUGCUGUAUAAAAGGGCUUGCUCGACGCCGCGGCCUGCCCAUCCGCACCCAAGAAACCUCCAAUACACCCAUCAUCCCAAGCACACCCUGAACCGACACAUUCGACGCCAUGGCGGUCACCAAGGAAGCUGAUCCGGUCGGCUCCCUCGAUCAGGCCCCCGCCGAGGACUCCCUGCCGGCUCCGGCCACCACCAACAACGCUCCUCGAAAGCGCUCCCCGCUGGCCCUCUUCGCCCGGAAGGCCAAAGGCGACAACGCCAAUGCCCCGCCGCCAAAGGAAAAGGAACCGGUCGUCUCCUUUGGAAAACUCUUUCGCUUUGCAGAUACGCGCGACAGGCUCUUGAUAUUCUUCGGUCUGAUCACAAGCGCAGUCAUUGGCGCCCUGAUGCCAUGUUCCAUUCUUGUCCUGGGCUCCUUCCUCGGGGGCUCCAAGAACCUCUUUGCGACUUCCCAGCUGGCCACUGAUGCCAACGGCAACUACAUCCUGCCUGGCGGCCAGGUCGUCACCAAGGCUCAGCUGCUCGCCAGCGUCGACCCCCAGCCCCUCUACAACACCAUCUUGAUUUUUGUGUAUUUCGGCAUCGCCAUGCUCUUUUCGGGCUACCUCACCCAGCUCUUCUGGGUCCUCUCGGGCGAAAACCAGACCCGCCGCAUUCGUCAGCUCUUUGUCAAGUCGGUGCUCCGUCAGGACGUUGGGUGGUUCGAUCUUGCUGCCGAAGGGUCGCUCACGACCCGCCUCGCUCAAGACACAGCCCUGAUCCAAGACGGCAUCUCGGAGAAGGCCGGCAUGUGUAUCCAAUCCAUUUCCCAGUUCAUUGCCGGAUUUGUCAUUGCAUUUGUCAAGGGUCCAAAGCUUGCCCUGGUCCUGUUGGCUUCACUUCCACUUCUUGGUGUCGUUGGCACUUUGAUGAUUCGCGCGAUCAGCAAGUUCACCGGAAAGGGCCAAGAUGCUUAUGCCGGUGCAGGCGCAAUCGCUGAGCAAGUCAUUGGUGGAAUCCGAACCGUCUACUCGUUCUCCCUCCAGAAGCGGUUCAUUGAAAAGUACGACAAGGAACUUGCAAAGGCCGAGGUGACUGACUUCAAGAAAGGUCUGUCGCUCGGCAUCGGCUUUGGAUCCUUCAUGCUCGUCAUCUUUGGGUCCUACGGCUUGGCCUUUUGGUACGGAUCCCGGCUGGUUCUUAGUUCGGACAUGGAAGGCCAGGAUGUCUUGGUUGUGUUCUUCUCGAUGAUCAUUGGUGCCAUGGCCCUGAUCAUGCUCCCAACAAACCUGUCGGCCGUCUCCAAUGCCCGUGGUGCUGCCUUCAAGAUCUACGCCAUCAUCGACCGUGUUCCCACCAUCGACUCGCUCUCGACCGAGGGAAAGAAGCCCGCCGAAGUCACCGGCUUUAUCCAGUUCAAGGAUGUCCACUUCACCUAUCCCUCCCGCCCGGACACCAAGAUCCUCCACGGCCUCACUCUCGACAUUGAAUCUGGCAAGACCGUGGCCUUUGUGGGGCCGUCCGGGUCGGGCAAGUCGACGAUUGUGCAGCUGAUCCAGCGAUUUUACGACCCCUCCGCCGGCGACGUCGUCCUCGACGAAAACAACCUCAAGGACCUCAACGUCUCGUGGCUGCGCCAGCACAUCGGAAUCGUCGGCCAGGAGCCCGUGCUGUUCAACACCUCCAUCAAGCAAAACAUCCUCAUGGGUGCCAUCGAGGAGGUCACCGAGUCGCAGCUGAUCAACGCCUGCAAGAUGGCCAACUGCCACGCAUUCAUCACAAAGCUCCCUCAAGGCUAUGACACCUCGGUCGGCGAACACGGCGGCAUGCUCUCUGGCGGCCAGAAGCAGCGCAUCGCCAUCGCUCGUGCUCUGAUCAAGAACCCCCGGAUCCUGCUGCUGGACGAAGCCACCUCGGCCCUCGACACCCAGUCCGAGCGCAUCGUGCAGGAGGCCCUCGACAACGCCUCCAAGAACCGCACGACGAUCGUGAUUGCGCACCGGCUGUCGACGAUCCGCAACGCCGACGUGAUCGUCGUCCUUGACCAUGGAGUGAUAGCCGAGAUCGGCAACCACAGCGAGCUGCUCAAGAAAGGCGGGGUGUAUGCCGGGCUUGUCGAGAAGCAGCGAAUCAAGAUGGAAGUCGAAACCACCCUUGGUGUUUCUCGCCGCAGGACACUGACUUCUUCUGGCGACACCGUCGUCGAGGAGAAUGGCAAUGGCGAGGACGAAGUUCAGAUCGUCUCCGAUAAGGACGACCACACCGCCGAGACCCGCCUUGUUUUGGAGUCAAGCGAGGAUCAUCGUAAUGCUGUUCGAGCAGAGAAGAAACAGGAGAAAGACAGGCGACGCGAGCUCAAGAAGCAGGACGCCCCCAUCCGGCGCGUUCUCGCGCUCAUGAAGCCUGAGUGGGGAUAUAUUAUCCUUGGGUGCCUCGGCGCUUCCGGUGCAGCUGUGGUCUUCCCCGUGUUUGCUCUGAUCUUCUCGACCGUCAGCAUCAUAUUGCUUGAUCCAUCCGAGAUCGAUCCUGGGCCGUUCAAGGGAGCAAAUCUGUACUCGUUCCUCUUUGUCGUUAUGGGAGUCAUUGCGUGCUUUUCGAUCAUCCUUCAGCUCUAUGGUUUCGAAAAGGCCGGUGCAGCCAUAUCGAGACGAAUCCGCCUCCUGACCUUUGCCGCGCUGUUGAGGCAAGAGGUUGGGUUCUAUGACGAGGAGGGCCACAGUCUCGGCGCCCUCACGUCGAGACUCGCCGUCGAUGCUCUCAAAGUCGGCGAUCUGGUCACGAAGGUCUGGGGCGACGUCGCCCAGCUCAUCGUCACGGCGGUUGCUGGAUUCCUUGUGGCUUUCAUCAACUCCUGGCAACUCACUCUGAUCCUCGUUGUUGCUUCUCCUUUCAUCGGCGCUGCCUCCUUCCUCGAAGCACGUCUACGCCACAAGUUCGAGGAUGAAACCAAGAAGCUGUAUGAGGACUCGGGCGAGAUCGCCGGCGAGGCUUUCAAGGAAAUCCGCACCGUCACUGCCCUCAACCGUCAGCACUACUUUGAAGACAAAUAUAACGCCACUCUCGAGCACCCCCACCAAGUUGCCGUGAAGAAAGCACAAAUCACGUCCCUGGGCAACGGAUCCAACCAAGCUGCCUCCCAGUUUGCCUACGCUCUUGGUUUCUAUGCAGGAAUUCGCCUCGCCCUUGCAGGCAUCAUCGACUUCAAGCCUGUUCUCACCGUUCUGAUGGCCAUAAUGAUCACCGCUCAGGGUCUUGGCCGAGCCUCCAACUUUGUCGGUACCUACACCACAGCCAAGCUCUCAGCCAUCAACACCUUCGAGCUGAUCGACAGAGUCACCAAGAUCGACCCAGAUGCCGACGGUAUUGUUGCCGAGGAAAUCGACGGUGAUUUCGAGUUCAAGAAUGUGCAGUUUACCUAUCCUGCACGCCCCAACCAGCCCAUAUUCGACGGAAAGCUGAGUGUGAAGGGCAACAAGAAUCUCACCGUUGCCCUGGUCGGCCCCUCUGGCUGUGGCAAGUCUACCACUGUCGGCAUCAUUCAGAGGUGGUACGACAUCUCCGGUGGCCAGGUGCAGGUCGAUGGCAAGGAUGUGAAGGAAUACCAGCUCCACAGCUUGCGCAAGCACAUGGCUCUUGUCGGCCAGGAGCCCGUCUUGUUCGACAUGAGUAUCCGCGAGAACAUCCUCGCGGGCACCGAGCGCACCGAUGUUUCGGAGGAGGAGCUUACCGAAAUCGCAAGGAUGGCCAAUAUUCUGUCCUUUUUGGAUGAGAUGCCCGACAAACUUGAUACUCGAGUUGGCGACAAGGGAUCGCAGCUCUCUGGCGGUCAGAAGCAGCGAGUCGCCAUCGCACGCGCCCUGAUCCGCAAUCCCCGCUUCCUGCUCUUGGACGAAGCAACGUCAGCCCUGGACUCUGAAUCCGAGAAGCACGUACAGCAGGCAAUCGACAACGCCAUCAAACAAGGCGGCCGCACCACAAUCACGAUCGCACACAGGCUCUCCACCAUCCAGGACGCAGAUUUGAUUGUUGUUAUUAAAGAUGGUGCUGUCGUUGAGCAAGGCACCCACUUUGAACUCCUGGCUCUCAACGGAGUCUACAAUGCCCUCGUGAAGCAGCAGGAUCUUUCUGUGUUUUGAAACCAAAAAGUACAACCUUCUUUCGUGAGGAGAUCAUGCUGGUCUAUUCCAAAGAGCCAAUGGGGUCAGUAGUAAUAUGAUUCCUGUUACUCGUUAUCGCUACCCAAAUAUACUGAUGUAGUUGUCAUGAUGCCCAAUUGAGAAGAUGAGCCACAAUACAACCACUGUGCCGAGCUACUCCGAGGUGCCAGAGUCAAGU